AUGAAGACCUCUACCCCGCCGGCCAUGCUGCUUCUGCUGCUGCUGCUGCCCUGCGCCUGCUGCGCUUUGCUGGACGGCGCCACCGUUGAUAUGCCUGUCGACUAUCUCACCUACAAGCGUUUCCGCAUUGUGGUCACUUACACCUGCACGAGAUAUGACGCGGUGCGGCUUUGGCAGCGUCUGCUGGACUGCGAGGGCGCCCGCUGGCUGCUGGCGGCGCCUCCGCCGUCCCGCCUCCCCCGUGGCAGCGCCGCGGCCAUCUUCCUCGACUACGGCUGCACGCGCAACAGGAAGCUCUUCCUGCAGUGCGCAGAGCUGGGCCUGCUGAACACGUCGACGCACUGGCUUGUGUGGAGCGGUGGGCCGCCGCCGGCGGACCUGCCGCUGCGGCUGGACAGUGACGUCACGUGGGCCUCUCCUCGCGAGGGCGCAGUCGUCCUGGAGAAGCUGAUCCUCGACCAACCCGAAGACUCGCUGUUCAGGAUCGCCGUGGGGCGCUGGUCGCAGGGCGCAGGGCUGGCUUACCACGGCACCCACGUGCAGUGGCCGCCGCGCCAGCUGAACGGACGAAUACUGCGUCUCGCAGCCAGGGUGAUCUACUCGCCCUUGGACAACCUGGGGAGGAGACUGAGGAAGGUGGAGGACAAGCACCUGGACAAGGUUGCGCGCUUCGGCUGGGAGGUCUGCUCUCGGCUGUCAGACAUGCUCAAUUUCUCGAUCGUGCUGUACUCCACAUCUUCAUUCGGCUUCGCUGUGCUGGGUAACAAAACAAUGGACGGUGUGGUCGGCCUGCUGGCGAACGGCACCGUCGAUAUCGGCGUCACAGCGCUAGUGAUCACACACCAGCGGCUCAAUUUCAUCGACUUCACUGGGCCGGGCGUUCUCUGGACCACCAAGAUCGCGUUCCGGCACCCAAAGGCGGUGGGCGUGUACGCGACACUUUUCCGGCCGUUCGAGCCCCCUCUAUGGGUUGCCAGCAGUGUGGUGUACUCGCUGGUGCUGGCCACCGCGUGGCUCGCCUACCGAGCCGUGCGCUGCUGCGAGGGCGGACACGAAGGCAGCUGGAGCUCGGCGCUGCUCCUGCUCUGCUCCGCCAUCAGCCAGCAAGCCAUCGUGACGUCGCUGCUGCUGCCGCCGCCCAGGACCAUCAGGAGCAAGCGGGACCUCGUGCACAGCCCGCUCGCCUUCGGCUCCGAGAACGUCAGCUACGUGCACGGCUACUUCGAGACAAGCGACGACCCGGUGGACCGCGCGCUGUGUUCCUCACGUCUGUUCGCCCGCGGCGCCUCCAAGCCCAACUACUUCCCUCCAGAGGUCGGCGUGCGCAAGAUGGCGACGGAGUUGUUCGCGUACCAUGCGGACGAGUCUCGAAUGUACCCUCUCAUCGACCGCAUCUUCGACGAGCAGGCCAAGUGCGCGCUGGAGACAAUCAGUUUCCUGACGCCCAUGAGGACUUUCACAGCAGUACAGAAGAAUUCACCACUCAAGGAGACCAUCACUGCAGCGGUGCGCACUCUGUGGGAGCGCGGCUUCAUGGCGCACGCGCACAGGACGUGGCGCCUGGAGCCGCCCGCCUGCCUGUCGGACAGCGACUACGUCAGCGUCGACCUGGCCGCCGUGUCGCCCGCCUUCCUCCUGAUGGUGGCCGCACUGCUGCUCGCCGCCGUGGUGCUGCUGCUGGAGAGGGCCUGCAUCGUGCUGUACUCCAAGCCAUCUUUCGGCUUGGCAGUAGUGCAAAACAAAACAAUGGAUGGCGUGGUCGGCCUGCUGGCAAACGGCACCGUCGAUAUCAGCGUCACUGGACUGGUGAUGACGCAAGAGCGACUCGACGCCAUUGACUUCAAGGGGCCGUUCGUUCUCUGGACGUGA